CAGCUUUGCAUUUUUGGUUUUCCUAUUGUGUGCUUUUUUUUUUCGUAUUUCCCUUUUUUUUUUCUUUCUUUCAGUUCUUCUUUAUAUUUCUAUAAGAACUAUUGGUUAUGCCGCUGGACAGUGCUUCCACGCAAACCACCUGUUCUUCGUCAGCUGAAGAGCAACGGCUGAAAACACGUUAUAAUGAGCUCAAGCGUAAAAUCGCAGAAGUGGAACAGGAAAACAAAGCGAUCAGUAUCAAACUGCGCGAAGCCCGCAAAAGCACGAUGCGUUUGCGUUUAGAACGAACAGUCCUCUUGGAACGACUGCAUCGACAUCGUGAAGAAAAAUUCAACCAUUCAAACCUUUCGAAAAGCAGAGAAACCUCGCCUGAAUCGAUCAAGAUCGACCGUAAGCUGCCCGAUCAAAAUCAUGCAAAAUCAAGCCCGAUCGAGCCAACACCCGCGGACGUUAGUUCUGAGAACAAAGCGAGUACAGAGGAACAAGUCGAUCCAGAAAUAUUUGCACUGUUUUGCAGACUGGAACAACAUAAUGUUACGUCUGAUCAACUCCAGGCAUGCGACGGAAAUGUGAAUAAAGCAAUGAUGCAAUUAUGGAAACAAUUACCACAGAAUACACAACAGAUGUACUGUACACUUUACCGAUCCGGAAUACAGCAUCAAGCUGACCGCUACCCAGUUCAUGUGGCCCGCCCUUUCUCCUCGCCGAUGCCUACACAUCCAUCGAUCUAUCCUCACACCAACUAUGCCACUGAAACCCCAUUCACCCUAUCCGCCUCAUUGUCGUCCUCAUCUCCUUCCAUGCAUCCUCUUCCACCAUUGAAACCUCCAACUUCCUGUGAUUCCGUGACAUCUGCAUCAUCGGAACACGCCAUGCGGCAUGAUUUAAGUGUCGGACAGCAAUAUUUACCAAGCUAUUCCCGAAAUGUUCAUGCGAAUCAGACAGAUCCCGUCAGGUCCACUUAUUCAAUGCAUUAAGUAACGAAACAUAACAAAGAAAGAACACAAAUCAUUUCACUCGCCUAUUCCAGCUCUUGCAGCCGAUUGGGCCAAACUUUAAUUUGUCAUGAUACUCGCUUAUUAUGAUGAUGACAAUGAAUUUUAGCAAAAGGUUGAUUGGGAAAACGGAUUCGUCAUGCACGGCUUUCUCAAAUGUUAAACAAUUACCUUUAAAUAAAUCCGCCUUGGUUAAAUCCACCUUCCAUUCA